AUAUGUUGUGCAAUGCAAAAGGCCACCGCAGGAAGUCCUACGUUGUACAAUGGAAAAGACCACACAGCAACUCCAUUCCUCGAGCAACAGAAAACCAAAAACAUUACAAGUAUCUUUACUUGCUGUUGCUUUUGUUCUGUUGCUCUACUUGGCCUCUCCCGUCAGCUCUUGCAAAGAAGAGGAGAAGACCUCCCUCCUUGGGUUCCUCGAUGGUCUCUCUCAGGCCUCUGCCCCCGACACAUCAUGGAAAAAUGACACAAAUUGCUGUUUGUGGGAGGGCGUUACUUGCAAUGAGGAUGGGUCUGUCAUGGAUAUCUCUCUGGCUUCUAUGGGCCUUGAGGGGCACAUAUCGCCCUCACUUGGCAAUCUCACCGGCUUGUUGAGGCUCAAUCUGUCCGGCAACUUACUCUCCGGUGAACUCCCACCGGAGCUGCUGUGGUCCAGCUGCAUCGUCAUCCUCGAUGUUAGCUUCAACAAGCUCAAUGGAGAGUUCCACAAGCUGCCAUCCACCCAUGAACUGGCAAUGAAGGUAAUCAACAUCUCAAGCAACUUUUUCACUGGAUAUUUUCCAUCUGACGCACUAGAUGGCAUGAACAAUCUGGCCAGUCUCAACAUGAGUAACAAUAGCUUUACGGGGAAAUUUCCAAGCACAGUUUGUGUUGACAAGCCGUUCUUUGUUGUGCUUGAUCUCAGUUACAACCAGUUUCACGGUGGCAUACCGCCAGAGCUUGGCAACUGCCCUGUGCUGAGAGUGCUUAAGGCUGGACAAAACCAAUUCAGUGGGACACUCCCCCGUGAGCUUUUCAAUGUCACCUCAUUAGAGCACCUCUCAUUGCCUAAUAACCAUUUGCAAGGCAAACUUGAUCCUGAGCGUGUAGUAAAACUCAGCAAAUUAGUUAUCCUUGACCUUGCUGGGAAUUGGCUAAAUGGCGAAAUCCCAGAUUCUAUUGGGCAGCUCAAGAUGCUGGAGGAGCUUCAUUUAGACUAUAACAACAUGUCUGGAGAGCUUCCGUCAUCUCUGAGUAAUUGCUCAAAUCUCACAACCUUCAUCCUGAAGGAAAAUAACUUCCACGGAAAACUCAAAAAUGUCAACUUCUCCACCCUACCCAACCUAAAAUUUCUAGAUUUUAGAUCAAACAAGUUCAGUGGCACAGUUCCAGAAAGCAUCUACUCUUGCAGCAACCUCAUUGAUUUGCGGAUAUCUUACAACGAACUCCACGGUGAACUUUCAUCAAGAAUAAACAAUCUCAAGUCCCUAAGAUUCCUAGGUGUCUCUCAUAACAAUUUUACAAACAUCACAAAUACACUUCAGAUCCUCAGUCCCUCUACGACUCUCUCUCUCUUAAUAAUGGGGGGAAACUUCAAGCAUGAGACCAUGCCAGACUAUGAUGCAUUUUAUGGAUUUAAGAAUCUCAAGGGACUUUCCAUAAGUGACUGUUCACUGUAUGGAUAUUUACCAAACUGGCUGUCCAAGCUUAAAUUGUUGAAAGCACUGCUUUUAAACAACAAUCAACUCAGUGGAUCAAUCCCGGCAUGGAUUAAUACCUUAAACUUCCUUUUCUAUAUAGACAUGUCGAAUAACAGUCUUACGGGUGAUAUACCAGUAGCACUGAUGGAGAUGCCAAUGCUUAAACAAGCCAAAACAGACCAAAAUUUCCUAGACACAUCUGUAUUUCCAUUUCCUCUUUAUCUGGCUCCAUUUCACCAAUACCGUACGACCAAUGGUUUCCCAAGAACAAUCAAUCUAGGCUACAAUAAACUUACUGGUGUAAUCCCCCCGGAGCUUGGUGAUUUAAAAGGACUGCUUGUACUCAACCUGAGCUUUAACAACUUACAUGGGGAGAUUCCAGAAUCAAUUGGCAACCUUGUGAAUCUACAGGUGCUAGACUUGUCAUACAACAAUCUGACCGACGCGAUCCCUUCCACGUUGGAGACACUUCACUUCCUUUCCAAAUUUAACAUUUCUAACAAUGAUAUGGAAGGGCCUAUUCCAACAGGAGGUCAGUUCAGCACGUUUCCAGAUAGUAGCUUUGUUGGAAACCCAAAGCUGUGCAGCCCUACCCUGGUGCACCUUUGUGUGCCCCAUUGUAGUUCAACAGAUGCAGCUGCACAUCCCGUUGCCUCCACAGAACAGUACAUUGACAAGGUCAUCUUUGUGAUUGCCUUUGGUAUAUUCUUUGGAGUAGGUGUUCUAUAUGACCAGAUGGUUUUGUCCAGAUGUUGGCCCAAUCUGGUUCAGCUGUAAUGGGCUAUAAUAACGUGUCCUCUGGCUUAUGGAUAUGAAACUGACAGUACUGAAGUAUGCAACAAAUACUGUGUUCGUCCCGAUUGCCAUCAGAGUCUCCAAGCAUGUCAUGCAUCAGCAGCAGCAAGGUCAACCUGAUCGAGUUGUCAUGGUCAGAGUUUGUAAAAGGAAACGAAGGAAUGCCCGGACUGAUCGAUGGAGGAAUAGAAGAAUUUGUAAUCAAACAAUGAACUGGGUAUGUUUACUCCCAGACCCGUCUCAGGGUUAUGUGUAACUUUGCGUGAUUUUUCACAAAUUAUGUAACAGGCUUUGCUAUCAUACUUUCAAAUGAUUGUGAGUCGAUUCAUUUAUUA